AUGACGGACAACCUCAUCCUCUUAACCGGCGCAACAGGCUUCGUAGGCUACAAAACCCUCAUCACCGCCCUCGAAGCCGGCUUCCGCGUCCGCUGCGCUGUGAGAUCCAGAGCCGGCAUCGACAAGAUCCUAGCGGCGCCGAGCAUCAAAAGCAACAACCCAUCAAAAGACCAGCUCUCCUGGACAAUUGUACCCGACAUCUCCCACCCAGGCGCAUACGACGAGGCCGUCCAGGGCGUGACGUACAUCAUUCACUGCGCGUCCCCCGUGCCCACCUUCGGCAAAGACGAGCGCGUCGGAACGGAAGAGGAGGUGUACGUCAAACCCGCCGUCGCCGGCGUCCUCGGUCUCCUCGAGAGCGCCAAACGUCACGCGACAAACACCCUCACGCGCGUAGUCGUCACGAGCUCGAUCGUGGCCGUCAUUCCGAUGGAGUGCUUCAUGGGCCAGGGCCUAGACCGGCCGGCCAUUGAUGGAGAAUCCCGGGUGGCGACACCGGUCGCCCCGUUCGGAUCCGGAUUCGGAGCCUAUCGCGCGAGCAAAAUCGCCGCCCUGAGUGCUUCGGAGGCCUGGGUGAAGGAGCACGCUACAAGUACCAACUUCGACCUCAUCUCCGUCAUCCCGGCGUGGAUCUGGGGCCGCGACGAGCUAUCGACGACAGCCGAGUCGCUCCUUUCGGGGUCAAACAGCGUGCUGCUCGAGUACUUACGAGGCAGAAAGAGCGACACGCCCAUCCUCUCCAGCUUCAUCUCCGUCGACGACGUUGCUGCGGCACAUGUAAAUGCAUUGUCCCCAUCGGUAUCCGGCAAGCAGAGUUUCCUCUUGGGCAGGCAUGUAGCCAUAGAGGAAGCCAGGGCUAUCGCGAUGGAGAACUUUCCCCAGGCGUUUGCGGAUGGCGUCUAUAGCGCGGACGGCAGCCAACCGACUAUCAGCGUACCGACGGAUGCUUCCGAGGGCGAAAGACUGCUUGGCCGUAAGUUUGCAAGCGGGGAAGACAUGGUGAGGGAUGUAGCAGGCCAGUUCUCGCAGCUUGUUGCGAACUAG